AGAAGGGAGACCGGAAGAAUCAGCAGCGAACCAAAGCAAGAUACUUCACCAAGAUGGAGCACGCCAAGGAGAAGAUGAAGGAUGGCGCGAGCGCGGCCAAGGCGAAGGCGACCAUCACGAAGGCCAAGGUGGCCGAGAAGGCGGAGGCGGCGACGGCGAGGUCGCACGACGAGCGGGAGCUGGCGCACGAGCGCGGCGCCGCCAAGGUGGCAGCCGCCGAGGCGCAGCUGCACCAGGACAAGGCCGCGCACCGCGAGGACGCCAUGUCGCACCACAUCCACAAGCACGGCGGCCACAAGCACGGCCACUGAUAUGAUGCGCAGGUUGGCAGGCGCCGCCGGUGGCCACUGAUAGAGACGGCUUGUAAGGGCGUGAUCUGGCUAGCCUGCCAUGCAUCCAUGUGAUGUGAUUUUCCCUGUUCUUUUCACUGCCGUACGUACUACGUGCGCGUGGCGUUCAUGUUUGUAUUCCGUCGAUUUCACACGUACGUAAGUCGGGCUUAAUUAUCUCGGAGGUGAUAAGACGAAAGCCACGGAUGCAUGUGUGUGUUUCUUUCCUCUA